CCGAAACUUAACACUCCAGUGGCAGCUCAAGAACCCUUCGGAACACAGCUCAGCCUGUCCGAGGUGACCACCUUCCCUGGAUGCCAUGGCAGAGGCUGGGAGGCUCCCUCCACCACUACCCCCUCGGCUGGACUGGUUUGUGCACACCCAGGCGGACCUGCUGGCCCAAUCCGGGAUCCCCGAGUGGUUCCAUGGCACCAUUUCCCGAGAGGCUGCUGAGAACCUGUUGGAGUCCCAACCCCCGGGGACCUUUCUUAUCCGAGUCAGCCACAGCCAUGUGGGCUACACCCUUUCCUACAAAGCUGAAACCUGCUGCCGUCACUUCAUGGUGAAGCUUUCAGAAGACGGGACUUUCGUCUUCGCUGGGGACCACGUGACCCACGCCUCUCUGGCCGCCCUGGUCACGUUCCACCAACAAAACCCUAUUCGGCCACACGGGGAGCUGCUGAUCCGGGCCUGCGGGCAGAAGGAUCCAGCAAGUGUGGACUACGAAGAUCUCUUCCUAUACUGGAAUGCGCUGGUUCAGGAUAAUGGAAGGCAACUUCUGAGAAUGGAAGUUCAAAGGCCUUCUUCCGGCUCACCUGAAGAGGCUUCUGAAGAGAAGCCAUCCACAACAACUGAAGGAGAGUCCGCAUUGGCUUCCUGCUCCACAAAAGCUCUUUUCGAGGAGUCUGGACAGAAACUGUGGAAGAACCUCAGGUCCCUACCUCAGACCAGCCGGAAGGUGAAACAGCGGCUCACUUCGAACCUGUCGGCCAUGAACCUGCUGGGGAAUGCCAGGCGCGUGGCCCAGCAACAUCAUAGCCCUGUGACUCGAGCGUUCAGCUGGGACGGUGCGAGCCACUCCGAGGACCCCUGUGCAGCCACUACCUCUCUCCAAAACCCCACACAGCCCGAGGCCCUGAGAGACAGAGAAGCCACCUUCAGGGACUCCAAGCGUACCAGCUGGAGGGAGGCACUCUCAGGGGUCAAAGCCUGGCACGGAAAGGUGAUAAGGGGCCUGUCAGCCCCGGAGCCUGCCAACUCUCCAGAAGCCCAGGGCUGGUUGCCUGAGGAAUAUCUCCCACCACCACCUUUUGCCCCUGGGUACUGACAGGACCUUCUGAGUCUUGGGUAUUCAUCUCCUUACAGCCAGAGAACUGUACUGAAGAGGUUAGGGGGCUGAACCCUGCAGGCGCCAGCUGAGGGAGCCUAAAUAAUGGAAUUACUGCUACCACUUUAGGGACCGGUGAAGUGGCCCAGUGCAUAGGAAGGUAAAAGAACUUUCAGCCACACCCGACAACUGAGUUCUAUCCCCAGGACUCCCACGGGGAGAGCUGUGGACCAACUUCUGGAGGACGUCCUCAGACUUCUACAUACGUGUGUUAGCACACACUCGUAAGCCGAUGUAACUUUAAAAGAUGGCAGCAGAGACGUGGCAGGUUCAACACGUGCCAGGCCUGUGCCGUGUGUCACCUCUCAGUAUCCUUGGGACGCAUGUCUCAUGUUCAGCCACAUUCAAAUACAAAUGUUUUUCCAGGGGUUGGGGAUUUAGCUCAGUGGUAGAGCGCUUGCCUAGCAAAUGCAAGGUUCUGUCCUCAGCUCCAGGGAUGACAUUUUUUUUUUUCUGAAAGCUUUACGUCUUCUGAGGGUUGGGGAGAUAACUCAGUGAGUAAAAGGCUGAGAGGACCUGAGUUCAAUUCCCCAGAGCCCACAAAGAUGCUGCAGUAGCAUGCAUGUGUGUCCUCAGAGCAACUACAAGGAGACGGGAGGUGGCUGCUGCCUUACAGAGACCUUGCUUCCACAAGGUGGAGGACAGACAUGCGGGCAAUCCAACAUCCUCCCGCCCACACUCACACACUAGGACACGCAGAGAAGGAGGGGGAGAGAGAGGGGAUGCAAAGCGAUUGCAUCUGUGGCCAGGGGUGUGGGGUCAGCAUUUGGGCAGCAAAGACAAGAGGGUCAAGAGCCCAAAGCCAGCCUCGGCUUACCUGGAGUUUGAGAUUAGCCUGGGCUACAUGAAAGCUUGACUGAGAGAAGAAAAACUGUGAGACAGGCAUAGUGGUACACACCAGUAACCCCAGCACUCCAGAGGCAGAGGCAGGAAGUGCUCUGUGAGUUUGAGGCCAGCUUGGUCUCCGUAGUGAGUUUCAGGGCUACACAGGGAGACCUCAUCUAAAUAAAAAGUGAAAUGCA